UGCUCGUGAAGUUCGCUGGGUCGGUGCCGUGAGGGGUUCUGCGGGCGCGUCACGCGGUUAUGAGAGGGGAGGUGUAUUACUGGGUGCUGAACGUGUUGUAGUGAUCGCUGCUAAGCAAGUUUUGCGUCAAUGUUUUACUCAAUCGCCUGGAGACGAGUGAGAUCAUGAUGGACAGCCAGAAGUUUUGCCUUAAGUGGAACAAUUUUCAGAACAGUGUGACAUCAGUGUUUGAGAAUCUCAGACAAGAUGAGGAACUGGUGGACAUAACACUGUGCUGUGAGGGACAUAAGAUCAAAGCCCACAGAAUGAUGCUGUCAGCUUGCAGCCCCUACUUCAGGGACCUUUUGAAGGAGAACCCCUGCCAGCACCCAGUGUUCUUCCUGAAGGACACGUCCUACCCGGACCUGGCGGCCGUCGUCGAGUUCGUCUACAAAGGCGAGGUGAACGUGGCGCAGAGCCAGCUGGGCAGCUUCCUUAAGACGGCCGAGAUGCUGCAGGUGCGCGGCCUCACCGGCGACGAGGACGAGGAGGCGCCGCCGACGCCGGCGCACCCCUGGCAGCAGCAGAAGUCUCCGGCGCCACCGCGGCCGCCGGCGCGGCCUGCGGUCAGCUCGGCGCUGCAGCAGCAGCUGAACUCGUCCGUGGGCGGCCGUCCGCGGCCCAGCUCGCCUCCCAACAAGCGACGCCGCGUCUCUUCCUCGCCGGAGCGGCCGACCCCGCGGCAGGACUACAUCAAAGUGGAGAAAGUGGACCUGGCGGACGAGGACGAUGAGAGUUUAGAAGCGACGUUUAGCCAGGUGUCGAGCUUCGAGGCGGCGCAGUUCGAGGGCUCGGACCAGUCUACCGGCUCGCACGAUAUGGCCGGCCUCCUCAGCAGGGUAUCAGAACAGGGUAUCGGAGACAUGUCGGCGAUGGCGGGGCCCUCAGAAGACGGCGCGUCACAAGGGUACGGCUGUCCAGUGUGCGGGCGCUGCUUCAACUCGCAGCAGGGCAUCCGGCGGCACGAGCUGGUGCACCAGGGCCGCACCGUCUGCCCGGUGUGUGGCCGCGCCUUCAGCCGUUCCGACAGUCUGCGCCGCCACCUGCACAUGAUCCACGGCGGCGCCGGCGCGCCCGGACCGCCGCUGACCUGCGAGUACUGCGGCAAGGUGUACCACCACGUGAACUCGCUCUCCGACCACCGCACGCUGCACCGCGGCCUCACCACCUGUGGCAUCUGCGGCAAGGUGUACAGCACCAAGUCGACGCUCACGGCACACGUGCGCCGCGUGCACAAGCGGACAGGCGUGCGCCGCGCGGCGCCGGCGCCGGCCGCCGCUCGGCUGACCUGUGAGCUGUGUGGAAAGGUGCUCCGCAGCGAGGCGUCGCUCUCCAACCACCGCUCCAUCCACCGGGGCAGCACGCGCUGCCACCUGUGCGGCGGCGUGUACAGCACCAUCUCGGCGCUGCGCCGGCACCGGUCCGCACCGCGUCUGGACCUCGCCGGACCGCGCGGUCUGCGCCUGGACCUGCGCGGUCCGCGGCCCGGACCGCCCGGCUCCAGGCGGGCGUCCUCGGAGCACCGGUGCGCCCAGUGUGGCCGGCACUUCGCCAGCGAGGCGUCGCUAGGCAACCACCGGUCCGUACACCGCGGUAUCACACGCUGCGGCGUCUGCGGCCGCGUCUACAGCACCACCUCCGUGCUGCACCGCCACAGUUUCCUCUCGCGCGCCGGCCUCAGUCGCCACAAGGCCGUGCACCGCGGCGAGACCGGCUGCCCGGUCUGCGGACGCGUCUUCAGCAACAAGUACAACCUCAAUGUCCACAUUGCGGCCAAGCACCGGCCCGGCGGCGGCGGCACCCCGCGCGUGCUCUGCACCACCUGCGGCAAGACCUUCUCCAGCAGCACGUCGCUGGCCAACCACAAGCCGCUGCACGCCGGCCACACCACCUGCCGGCUGUGCGCCAAGGUGUACGCCACGCGUCACAACCUGCGCGUGCACAUGCGCCGCGACCACGGCGUGGAGCCCGGCGGCGGAGAACCGGGCGGCAUGCCGCCACACUGGGCCGGACCCGGCUCGCUGUAG